AUGGUCCAGCUCACCCCUUCCGCCUCGAUGCUUCUCACAACCUUGACAGCCAUGAGCGCCGCAAUGGGUGUCUCCGCAGCAACAGUGACCAGCAGUCUCCUACUAGCCUCAAUUGCCGACCAGCUAUCAAUCCCAGCAUCGACCUGGUCGGCCAACGGCACGCACACCGCAAAAGGAUUCACCAGUCAAUCGGCCGACACGGCCGACAUCGACGGCCUGAAGCAGGAUUGCGAUAAUAUCAAUCUGAACAAGAAGCUCGCGACUGAUUUCCGCAGUGAUGUGCUUGGUGCGGGUGUCAUCGGCUUCUUUUACAAGUGCGAGAAGAUCAGUGAUGAUACCAAUAAGUACUGGUUUACUAUCAGUGCUGGGGACAAGGCCCAGAUUGAUCGGCUUUGUGAUCAGGAUACUACCUAUCCUAUUGUUUACGAUCAACAGCAUGAUACGUGGUUUAUUGAUGAGCCGUUUGAUUGUACGCGUCGGUCUAAUCCAUCCGACUUUUAUUGA